CUUAUGGCUGUUCCAGGAAAGGUAGCAGCUUCCCGUCUGCCUCCCCUGCCAACUGUUGGAGAGAUCAUUAAACUCUUUCGCCUUAAAGCACAGAAACAACUUUCUCAGAACUUUCUACUGGAUUUGCGAUUGACUGACAAGAUAGUGAGACAAGCUGGCAAGCUGAAAAAUACCCAUGUUUGCGAAGUGGGCCCUGGGCCAGGAGGAAUUACCAGAUCCAUUCUCAGUGCUGGUGUUAAACAACUCCUUUUAAUUGAAAAAGAUGCUCGAUUUAUUCCAGGAUUGCAGAUGUUAUCUGAAGCAGCUCCAGGAAAAGUGCACAUUGUUCAUGGAGAUAUCCUAACAUAUAAGAUGGAGAAGGCUUUUCCAAAACACUUAAAAAAGAACUGGGAGGACGAGCCACCAGAUAUACAUAUCAUUGGGAAUCUGCCCUUCAGUGUUUCAACUCCUCUAAUCAUCAAAUGGCUUGAAAAUGUUUCCAAAAAGGAUGGACCUUUUAUUUAUGGCAGGACGCAGAUGACGUUGACUUUUCAGAAGGAAGUUGCAGAGAAGAACUUCAUGUUAUUUUGAGAUUAGACCUUGUUGCAAAAUAUGG